UUUAAUACGGCCAUUAAUAUCUCAAACGUGUGAAUGCUCGAGUGCACGAAACUUUGACCAAGCAUUUUGGGCGCCCUAAAGUAACUCCGAAAACCUAGAACUGACUUUCUCACUUCUCUCUCCCUCAUUUCUCUUUCCCUCAUUUCUCUCCCAAACUCCAACAAUGGCCGCAACUCAAUCUCUCUCCCUCUCCAAACCCUCUCCUCUCUCUCCCCCUCUCACCACCACCCCCCGCUUCUUCUCAAAACCCUCUCUCCCUUCCUUCCUCUCCGAAACCACCCCUCGAAAACCCCUUUUCAUCACUUCCUCCAAAAACCCAAUUUCCGAAAUCAUCCUCUCAAACAAACCCAAAUCAUCUUCUCACAACGACGAUGUUUUCAUCGACGACGAUAAGCCUCGUGAAGAGUGUGGCGUUGUUGGAAUCUACGGCGACUCAGAAGCUUCACGGUUAUGCUACUUAGCUCUCCAUGCUCUCCAACACCGUGGUCAAGAAGGUGCUGGAAUCGUCACCGUUAACAAUAACGUUCUUCAAUCCAUCACCGGUGUAGGUCUCGUUUCCGAUGUGUUUAACGAAUCAAAGCUCGAUCAGUUGCCUGGAAAUUUGGCUAUUGGUCAUGUUCGUUACUCUACUGCUGGACAAUCCAUGCUGAAAAAUGUUCAACCUUUUGUUGCUGGGUAUCGUUUUGGUUCUGUUGGGGUUGCUCAUAAUGGUAAUUUAGUUAAUUAUCGUACUUUAAGAGCUAAAUUGGAAGAAAAAGGUUCGAUUUUUAAUACUACUUCUGAUACUGAAGUUGUUCUUCAUUUGAUUGCUACUUCAAAGCAUAGACCUUUUAUUUUGAGAAUUGUUGAUGCAUGUGAGAAGCUUGAAGGAGCUUAUUCAAUUGUGUUUGUUACUGAAGAUAAACUUGUUGCUGUUAGAGAUCCUUUUGGGUUUAGGCCUUUGGUUAUGGGUAGGAGAAGUAAUGGUGCUGUUGUUUUUGCUUCUGAGACUUGUGCUCUUGAUUUGAUUGAAGCUACUUAUGAGAGGGAAGUGUUCCCUGGUGAGGUUAUUGUGGUUGAUAAUAAUGGGAUUCAAUCGCUUUGUCUUAUGUCUCAUCCGCAGCCGAAGCAGUGUGUCUUUGAGCAUAUUUACUUUGCUUUGCCUAAUUCUGUUGUUUUUGGUAGGUCUGUAUAUGCAUCACGUAGUCGAUUUGGGGAGAUACUUGCUACCGAGAGUCCUGUUGAUUGUGAUGUUGUGAUAGCAGUUCCUGAUUCUGGUGUUGUGGCUGCUCUUGGUUAUGCUGCCAAAGCCGGUGUUCCUUUUCAGCAAGGGUUGAUUAGGUCACACUAUGUAGGAAGGACUUUCAUUGAGCCGUCUCAGAAAAUUAGGGACUUUGGUGUCAAGUUGAAGCUUUCCCCAGUUCGUGCUGUACUUGAAGGUAAAAGGGUUGUUGUCGUUGAUGAUUCGAUUGUGAGGGGAACAACAUCAUCUAAGAUUGUGAGGUUGCUUAAAGAAGCAGGUGCUAAAGAAGUUCACAUGAGAAUUGCAAGUCCUCCGAUUAUUGGUUCUUGUUAUUAUGGUGUUGAUACACCUAGCUCAGAGGAGUUGAUAUCUAAUAGGAUGAGUGUUGAGGAAAUAAGGGAUUUUAUUGGAUCGGAUUCACUUGCUUUUCUUCCAAUUAACAGCUUGCAUAAUAUGUUGGCUGAUGACUCUCCUAAUUUUUGUUAUGCUUGUUUCUCCGGGAAAUACCCUGUUGAGCCAAGAGAGCUUAAGGUUAAGAGGGUUGGUGACUUUGUUGAUGAUGGUUUGAAUGGAAGUUUGGAACAAAUUGAUGGUGGUUGGGUUCAAGCUAACCGAAAUACGAAAGAGGUGGAUGCUUCUACUGGUCUUUAACAAUUGUUACUAACUCUUUCUGAUUUUGCAGAGCUUGGGAUUUUGUUAUUACUCUUUCAUAAUGUUAAGGGUACCUGUGCUAUCUAACCACAGUGGUGAGCUCCAUAGAAUUCAUUCUGAUUCUGAAGACCAAUGCUUAAUAAUGUUAAUUUCAGAUAUGUUAUUUGGAGCUGUCAUUAUCUAGAGCUAAGAAUAGAGUGACAUAAAAACUUUGCAUGUUUUCUUGCCUCUUGUUUUUUUGCCUCCACUGUGAGUGAAUGUUUUUAUAUUCCUACA